AUGACAACACGGUUUUGCCGCGAAGCCGCGCUGCUGUUUGCCGGUUAAAACCGUGAAGUUAAAGGUUGUUUUGUCUUUUCGUGAUGUUUUGUGAAAAAGCCACCGAGCUGAUCAGAGAACUUCAGCGGCUGAGUGACGGACAGCUGCCCGCCUUUAACGAGGAUGGACUCCGGCAGGUUCUACAGGAGAUGGAAGCUCUGUAUGAGCAGAACCAGAAGGACGUCAAUGAAGCGAAGGUCGAAGGUCGUGGUGAGCUGAUCCCCUCCAUUAAACUGCGUCACUGCUGCCUGCUGAGGAACCAGCGCUGCCUCCUCGCCUACCUGUACGACCGCCUGCUGAGGAUCCGCGUGCUGCGCUGGGAGUACGGCAGCGUGCUGCCCGCCAACGUGAGGUUCCACAUGUGUGCCGAGGAGCUGCAGUGGUUCAGUCAGUAUAAAAAGUCUCUGUCCACCUUCAUGCGGUCUCUGGGUGGAGAGGACGGGCUGGACAUCACCCAGGACACCAAACCACCCAAGAGCCUCUACAUCGAGGUGAGAUGUUUGAAGGAUCACGGCGAGUUUGAGAUCGACGAUGGAACAGUCAUCCUGCUGAAGAAGAACAGUCAGCACUUCCUGCCAAGGUGGAAAUGUGAGCAGCUGAUUCGUCAGGGCGUGUUGGAGCAUGUGGUCUCCUAAAGGAGGACUUCUGCUGAAAA